AUGUCCUUGCAAUUAUCAAGAAGAUCAAGCAUGAACUCCUUCGCAAAUGAUGUAACAAGGUUUAUGCAAUGCGAAAGCAAUUUGCUUGGCAAUGGGAGUUUCGAAUAUGUUUAUAAGGGGAUAUUUCAAGGCGGUACCACUUUUGCAGUAAAGGUGUUAAAUUUGCAACAAGUUGCAUCCAAGAGUUUCGAUGCAGAAUGUGAAAUAUUGAGAGACCUUUGCCAUUGGAAUCUUACAAAGGUCAUAACUGGCUGUUCCAGCAAUGAUUUCAAAGCUUUAUUAUUAGAGUACAUGCCAAAUGGGAACCUUAAGAAGUUGCUAUACUCUGACAACCAUGCUUUAGAUAUAAUGCAAAGACUGAAUAUUAUGAUAGAUGUGUCUUACACAUUACAGUAUCUUCAUCAUGGUUAG